AUGUUUGAGAUUCAAACAUUUUUACAUUUUCUGAUUCUAUUUUCUUGUUACUGUGGAGAGUCUUCUGCUGGAUCAAUUGCACAGUCUGUAUCAUCACUGGUUGGACGCCGCCAAAUAAUUGGCAUUAGAGGCCAGCUUCUGUGUGGAACAGAACCGCUCACUAAUACAACGGUGAAACUCUGGGAUGAAGAUUCAGGUCCGGAUCCUGAUGAUCUUUUGGCCGAAGGUCUUACGAAUGCUACAGGACACUUCUCCAUUUACGGAGCUGCAAGAGAACUGACAAAUAUAGAUCCGAAGUUCAAGAUAUAUCAUCGAUGUCAUGUUAAGGAAGGAGGCUGCAAGCGGAAAGUAACAUUCGUGAUCCCGGAUAACUAUAUAUCAGUUGGAAAUAAGCUUGAGAAAUGGUUCGAGUUCGGUAGCCUGAACAUGGAGAUUAUUACUAGAAAAGAAGGCACACAAUGUUUUUAA